UCUCACGGAAACCGCCCCAGCAGCCUGACAAACCGGGCAGGCGAGCGAGGCGGGCGAGGCCGAGGCCUUCCUCCGGCCCCUUCCGCAGCCGAGGCCUGCGUUUCCCAGCGCUCUUCUCGCCGGGUUCCUUCUCCCACCGCCCGCGGGGAAGCAGGAAGCGGCCUUGGGAGGAAUGGCCUCCGGACGAGGCCCCGGCGACGCCCGCCCCCUCGGGCAGCGGAGGGCCGCGGCUUCGUUUCCUUAGCAAGGCGCCCCUCUCUUCGUCCUCGUCCUCGUCCCUUCGGACAGCCGGGUUUCCCUUCAGAAAUGGACGGCAAGCUGCCUCAGCUGGUGGAGGAGCUCACGACUUCGGGGGAGCCGCGCUUGGACCCCGCGAAGCUUAAGGAGCUGAAGAAGAUGUGCAAGUCCUCGGAUGAGCAUAUUACUCAUGUUUAUCACUUGCUGAUGACACAGCUGAAUCAAGAGCACGCAGAGAUACGGCUGUCAGCAUUUCAAGUUGUGGACGAACUCUUCACCCGUUCCCAUCAGUUUAGGACUUUAAUCAUUUCGAACUUCCAAGAGUUCUUGGAGCUCACAGUGGAAACAGACUAUGAUCAGCCACUCCCCCCACCAGCUGAAGUGGCGCAAAAGCUAAAAAGAGCUGCCAUUAAAUCUGUACAAGAGUGGCAUGAGAAAUAUGGAGAGGCCUACAAGAAACUUUCACUAGGAUUCCAUUUCCUAAAACAGAAUAAGAAGGUAGAUUUUCAAGAUACAAAUGCCAGAACUCUAGCAGAAAGGAAGAGAGAUGAAGAGAAACAAAAAAGGUUGGAAAAUAUUUACAAGGAAAAAGCCAAAAAAGCUGAGAGGGAAAUGGCAGAUAUGUCACAAGAAAUCGAAGCUGUGCUGACUGAGAUGGAGAAUUGUUUUCAGCUUCUGAUGCCGGAUCCCUUUGACUUCAUGGCAAAUGACACUGAAACAGUCAAUUGGAGGACGACUGAGCUGGACAAAACUGUUUCCUGCUCUUCUGUGGAGAGGGCAGCUCAACAGGCACAUUUCCUUGACGAUAACGAGCAGCCUUGCUGCAGCAAGGACCUUCCUUCCAUCUCUCUGGUUCCGAAAGCUGGUAACAAAAAAGACUUGAAUAGUGAAGCGGAAGACUCUUUAAAUUCUGAAUUGACUUCUGCUGCUGCCAGUGGAGAAGAUGAUUAUGCCACUUUUGUUCGGAGCCAUGGUCUUGGAUCUCAUAAAUACAGUCUCAAUCUUGAAAUAGCCACAGAUGUGAAAUUGCAGGAGAAUGAAGACAAUACGGCUAUAAUCAAUAAUGCUACAGAUGCUUAUAAGCUCAUCAGAAACAAAUUCAUGCCUUCUGUACAGUCUUGGAUUCAGCUGUUCACAAGAGCUGGGAUAAAUGAUGGACAUCUAAGACAAGCCAUUGAUCUUAAAAACAAAUUGGAGCGUGCCACAGAGAAAUGUAAGGAAAUGAAUAUUGGCUUUAAAGACAGGAAGAUGACAAUGAUGAAAGCAACAGACGACAGUGACGAGGAGGACGAGUUUGUCGACGUGCCUGAGAAGGAGGGCUACGAGCCCUACAUUCCAGACCACCUUCGUAAUGAAUACGGGUUGGAGCCAGUAUCACCUUCAAAACCCUUUGCGACAGGAAGAGCAUCUGCAGUGACCUCCCAGCCUAAAAGAAAUGAAGAAGAACUUGAUCCAACCUGUGCAGCUGCAACAUGGAAAAUGAUCCAAGAUAAACUGCCUAGAUUACAUCUUCCAGGUGCCAGGAAUUCUGAACCAGGGGCACCCAACAAUAAGUCUGAAGAAGAAAAGGCCAAUGUCCCUGUUGUACCGUUUGGGUUAGAUCUUUUCUACUGGGGCCAAGAGCAACCAGAUUCUGGGAAGAUUAUUAAAUGUUCUUCUCAGCAUCGCUUCUGGGCACCCAGCGAAAUGGAAGAGGAAGUGGAAAACAAAGAAGUUGCAGAGAUGUUGAACAGCAGAUAUAUAACAUUUGCUGGCAAGUUUGAGCCAGUGAAACACAAAUGUCGGGCACCAAUGCCUAAUGGGGGACUUUGUGAAAGGCAGGAUAGAUUUAAGUGCCCAUUUCAUGGAAAAAUAAUCCCCCGGGAUGAUUCUGGGACUCCUAUUGAUCAAGAAGACAGAGAGAGAGAAGCAAAGCAACAGUUUGAGAAAAAAGAAAAGCAACCAGAGUGGCAAGAUCCAGAGUUCAUGAGAGAAGUUGAAGCAGCCACUGGGGCUGAUCUUGGAUCCUCUCGGUACAGUGGGAAAGGAGGAAAAAAGAAAGGGAAGAAAAAGAAAUAUGCAAACCUCACAGACCUGAAGCAGCAGGCAAACACUUGUCGCUCCCGCCUUGAAAAGAAAGUUUUUGAUAAAACAGCCAUGAAGCGGGUGGUGAAAGCAAUGAAUCGAAUGGAUCAAAGAAAACACGAAAAGUUUGCAAACCAGUUUAACUAUGCACUAAAUUGAGUUGCCACGAAUGGCAAAACUGCAAGGACAUUUGCCAGUACAGUACUGCCACUCUGUAGAGGAAAGCAUUUUACUGGACUAGUUUACUUAGUAUCAAUUUGCGUAAUCUAAUACAUUUUACAAUGAACAUGAAUUAUACACAUAAUUUUGUGUGUGGUUAUAUUGAUAACUGUUAUGAUCUCAUUUUAAACAGAAGACUUGUGGCUUGUAUAUAUUCUAACACCACUCUAGAUUUUUUUUUUUACUUUUUGGUGGACUGCAGAUUUUCAGCUUUUAAUACCUUGACCCAAUGGUCACAGAUGAUGAGAGUUGUAGUCUAGCAACAUCUGGCAUCCCACAUGUUCCCCACCCUCUAUGCUUCAGGGCCCACACUCCCCCCCCCUUUUUUUUUCUUUUGGUACAUUCCUUUUCCAACACCUGCAUUUACUUUUCCUGGAAGAAUAACAUCUGGCAACAAAGGAUAAACUCCCUCUGAGCAGUUUUUGUGUCAAUAUGGAUGUGUGAGUUCAUUCCUGCGAUUCGGCAAUUGUCCAGUUGUCUUUAGGUGAGAAGGUGUUCUUCUGUAGUCAGCACACUUGUGACUAACUGAGAAUAUAAGCACCUUGCAGCAGUUUCCCAGAAACAUUCUCUGGCUGUAACUGUGGGCAUAAGGUUUCGCUGGAACGGCUUCCCUAUAGCCCACCUUGGCCCUUGGGUGCACAUGAUCACACAGUCAUUGUCUAGGUAUCGUGGAUGAGGUCAGCCUUGCUCACAAUUUUCAUUUCUCGGGGAAAGUCAUGCCUUAUGGACUAGCAUCACAUGAACAAGGCAAGGAGAAAUUUAUUACUUGUGUACAAUUGUGUACAAUUUUAAAUGCCGAAGAAGAAGAGGAGGAGGAGGAUGAUUUUGGAUGUGAUAUCCCACUUUAUUACUACCCGAAGGAGUCUCAAAGCGGCUAACAUUCUCCUUUCCCUUCCUCCUCCACAACAAACACUCUGCGAGGUGGGUGGGGCUGAGAGACUUCAGAGAAGUGUGACUAGCCCAAGGUCACCCAGCAGCUGCAUGUGGAGGAGCGGAGACGCGAACCCGGUUCCCCAGAUUACGAGUCUACCGCUCUUAACCACUACACCACACUGGCUCUCAACUAGACUCUUGUUCAUGAUGGUUGUCAGAUCUCUACAUAAUUUAGGAGGCAGCUUUAUAAGAAUUUGCAUGUAAAUUUGCUAAUAACUCCUAAAGAGGAACAACUAUGUUCUGUGAACCGCCCUGAGACCUCCGGUUAUAGGGCGGUGUAGAAAUUAUUAUUAUUAUUAUUAAAGUUAGUUCCUGCCUGGGGAUCUGCAGGCUAACAAAAUGGGCCCAGUGGACAGAGCAUUAGCCACUGAAAUAAGCAAUAAAUCUUGGUUUUUUUAAGUCAAACCCUCCCCCAUUCCACUUCCAAAAAAGGAGGGGGGAAUAUCUGGACACAUGGAAAGGACAGCAGCUGCUGAGGGCAGAGCACAAGUGCAAGACUAUGGAAAGAAAGCUCGAGACUACUGAGGUGCUGGGUGCAAGAAUUGAGCAACAAGCUGGAUGCAUGAAAAGCAGCAGAGUGAAAGGUUUAUGUUGAGCAGAAAGCUCACUAUUCACUCCUCACUUAUACUGCCAGACAGGAAAAUGUAUUGGCCAAGUCUGCUCCCAUUCACCACAAGCACGCCUGACCCACGGCCGGGCAAGUGCACCUUAGCAGGAGGGAGAGUGGUAGGGUUCAACGCAGCAAGCAGGACCGUACUGUGUAAAUUCUCUUUUAAAUGACUUGUUAAUAAAAGGCCAUGUAAUGACAAAGAGUUGGAGGAGCUUAUAUAAAGGAAGUAAUAUGUAAAAUGAAAAGGAAUAUUUAAAAUCAAAAUAUGUAUUUUAUCAUAGGAGAGGGAGGGUCUGGUAACGGGGGGGGGGGAAGAUUGUGAAAAUGUUUAUGGAUAUUGCACUUAUAAAUAGUGUAUUUUGCUUUGGAUACUUUUUUCUUA